AUGCGAGUGCUGAAAUUUACACUCCUAGUCUGCGCAUUUGCUGGAUGCUGGCAACCAGUUUCAUGGACAUCAUUAUUUAAACAUAUAAUUUAUAAAACAUAUGCAAUGUUUCUUGUCUCUUCAUUAUAUAUAUUUUCGAUAUCUCAAUUUAUGAACAUUGUACUGAACGUCGAAAACUCUGAUGAGUUCACUGAUUCCUUAUACAUGAUGUUGACCGUAUUCGUCGCAGGCUAUAAACAAGUUUAUAUGUGGAUAGAUCGCAAAAAUAUUAUGAUGAUAAUCAACGUUCUUAAUGAAAAACCUUUUGCAGCAUGUGAAACACAAGAAUGGAGGAUUCAACAGAAAUUUGAGAAAAUGGUACAGAAUAGCACGUUACGAUAUUUGAUUCUCAUUAUGGCGACAAUUAUAUCAAUAGUUUUAACGUCUGUUUUUACGGCAGUCUCAAAUAGAAAUUUGACAUAUAAAGCAUGGGUGCCGUUCAACUAUUCAUAUCCUGCUUUAUACUUUCUUGUUUAUACUCACCAACUGAUAGGCAUGGCAACUUCCGGUAUAGUAAAUGUCGCUUGCGAGAGCGUCAUUUGUGGUCUUUUAUUACACAUCUGCUGCCAACUUGAAAUUUUGGAGUAUCGAUUGACAAAAAUGACGCAUGGUGAAGACGUUCUGCGUGAUUGUGUUUCUCAUCACAACCGUAUCUUUGAAUAUGCAUACACGGUAAAUGAUAUGUUUGCGAAAAUAAUUGGUCUCCAGUUUGCAGUGAGCAUGUUAGUGGUAUGUUCGAAUUUAUAUCGAAUAGCAAUGGCGACAGAUUAUGUGACAUUCAUUUCAUUGAUGAUGUAUACAGGUGCCAUAUUGACACAAAUUUUCAUCUAUUGUUGGUUUGGAAACGAAGUUAAAGCAAAAAGCCUUCAGUUGAAUAAUAUUUAUAAUAUACAAUGGCCGUCACUUAGCAAUAGCAGCAAAAAAGGUCUCUUAAUAGUCAUGAGACGCGCAAUGAAUCCUAUCGAAUUUAGUAGUGCGUACAUAAUCACGAUGAAUCUUGAAUCGUUUGUAGCUUUACUGAAAAUGUCAUACUCGGCUUUCAAUUUGUUGCAUCAAACGCAAGAUUAA